UUCCGAAAGCUUGGGUUAGUCUGCAUGUCCUUUGCCUCUCCGUCCCCUACCCAGCCUAAGAAGGAAGGAUGACUGCUAACAACCUAGAACUGGAGAACCAGUUGGAUGUUCCAGAUGCUGGACUCGAACCCUCGACUGCCAGCCUGACCGAGGAUAAGGUAAGCCAGUCAUCUGAUACUCAGCAUCAAGUAUCCAUGGCAAGCAUUUCAACAAGGAGAAGAAAGUCCGUAGGAUCCCGCAAAUGGGCGCUGACAAGGCAGCUUCUGCUGGUUACCCUGCUUACUUCCUCUGGCUCAUCUCUACAAUAUGGUUACAACCUCUGGGUGGCCAGCCAUCCAUCUACGCUCAUAUCAAACUUUUACAAUGGCACGUAUCAACAGAGGAAGCAGGCCAACGUAGACGAAGAAGACUAUAUUGAUUUCCUCUACACUUUCACCAUUGCAAUCUAUUCCCUUGGAGGCCUGAUUGGGUCCCUUCUGGUCAGCUUCAUGGUGGACAGAUACGGCAGGAAAGGGGCCUUGGUAAUAAAUAACAUUAUGUCCAUAUUCUCUGCUGGCUUCAUGGGAUGUUCUGCUGUGAUACAUGCCUAUGAAUACACCAUAUUUUCACGCUUGGUCACUGGAAUGUGCUCAGGCAUGUUCUCCUGCAUCGUCCCACUAUACCUUGGAGAGAUAUCCCCUAGAAACAUGAGGGGGUCCAUUAUGACGGUCCCCAUGAUCUUUGUCACCAUUGGCGUCAUGGUCUCACAGAUCCUUAGUCUUCAAGAGCUUCUCGGGACUGAGAAAGGUUGGCCGCUAUUGCUGUGCUUCACUGGAAUCCUGGCGGUGUUUCAAGUCAUCGUCUUGCCCAGCUUCCCCGAAAGCCCAAGGUUUCUCCUGAUUCAGAGGAACGAUGAGGUGAAAGCCAGGCAAGUCUUGCAGAGGCUGAGAUGCCAGGAGGACGUGGAGAGUGAGCUUGAGGAGCUCCACCAGGAGAACGUCUCAGUAAGGGUGGAGAAGGAGAUGAAUGCGAUGAAGCUGCUGUGCAACCGAGCCAUGCGUUGGCAAUUCAUCUCCGUGGUCAUCCUCAUGAGUGGCCAACAGCUCACAGGUGUCAAUGCGGUAUUCUAUUACUCAGAGAGAAUCUAUGCAACUUUGAGGAUCAAGAAGCAGGAAGCCCGGUAUAUCACUGUGUUGUCAAGUAUUUUCAUCGCAAUCUCGCUGAUGAUCGUGGUUUAUAUAGUAGAUUUUGUGGGGCGAAGGAUCCUCCUCCUCACUGGAAUUGCGAUAUGCAGCAUCCUCUGCAUUCUGUUAACCAUGACCCUCGAACUUCAGGAAACCAUGCCAUGGAUGACAUACAUCACUUCAGUCUUUUUCCUCAUCUUGAUCUUUGGGCACAUCCUUGGGCCAGGUCCCAUACCCAAUGUGAUCAUACUGGAGCUGUUCCUCCAGCCAUCCCGCUCCAUAGCCUUCAUGCUCGGGGGCUUUGUGCACUGGUUCCUGCACUUCAUUAUGGGGAUGAUAUUCAUUCAGAUUGAGACACGGAUUGGUUCCUACACCUUCCUCCUCUUCUGGCCUCUCUGCGUGUUCAGCUUCAUUUACAUCUUCAAGGUUAUCCCAGAAACCAACGGCAAGACCUUUCUGGAAAACAAGAAGUACAUGUCGUCAAUGGCCAAGAAGGUGAAGGUCCAGGUCCAGUUCCAAAUCCGGCGGUCGUCACAGGACAAGGACAGAAGGCGGUCAACACGCCACAGCGUCAGAAGCGACAGUGUCGGAAGGGAUAGCAUCAGACCCGAUAGCGGCAGACAGGAUAGCAUCAGACCCGAUAGCGGCAGACGGGAAAGCAGCAGACGGGAAAGCAGCAGACGGGAUAGCAGCGCCAAACGGGAUAGCGGCUCCAAACGGGGUAGCGGCUCCAAACGGGAUAGCGGCCCCAAACGGGAUAGCGGUGGCAAACGGGAUAGCAUGAAACGCAAAGAAAGCCUCAAAAGAAAACAAAGACCGUCCGUCGUUUCUUAAUGCUACCUGCCCUUCGCUGGUAUACGAAUGACGGUUGCUUCUCUUCCUAUCCAAAGCCUACUCUUUUUCUGUUCAGACUUUUCUACUCUCCUACCAUGAAUUACUGCUAUUAUUAUACUACCAAAUACACACCUAAUUGUAGAGUCAAUUAUAUAUCUAUAUAUAAAAUCACAUUAGAAACAGGUAACAAAGAAAAGACAAUCAUUCGCAAACACCACAGUGCAAUACUUUAUACAGCAGUCCCUCACUUUAUUCAGGGGUUUGGUUCCAAGGGUUUCAUGUUCACAUGAAAAUCAAAGCAAAUCCUUGGAGCUGCGCCACUCCUCCAGCAAGGCAGAGAGCUUCACAGCAAGGCAGAGGUCCACUCAGGGUUACCUGGCACAAAAAGAGCUUUUAAGCUCUCUGACUUCCUUGCGGGGUAAGGCCCUCUCAGUA